AUGACCGCGCUCCUCCACUCUGACCUGCCAGGGCUCACGCUUCUCUCAAAAGGCAAAGUCAGAGACAUCUACUCGACUUCCUCGUCCGACCAUCUCCUCUUCGUAGCCAGCGAUCGUAUAUCUGCAUACGAUGUCAUCCUCCAAAACGGCAUCCCGGACAAAGGCAAACUCUUAACGGAGAUAUCGUCGUUCUGGUUUGAGAUGCUGAAGGAUAUCAUUCCUAACCAUGUCGUCACGACGAAUAUCGACGAGAUGCCGGAGGAGGUUAAGAAGUAUAAGGAUCAGCUCGAGGGGCGGACUAUGCUCGUUAAAAAGGCAAAAGUGAUCAUGCUCGAGGCCAUUGUGAGGGGUUAUAUCACUGGUUCUGCGUGGUCAGAGUAUCAGAAGUCAGGGACGGUGCACGGGAUCGCACAGGGUCAACACGACGAGAACAUCUCGCCAGAACAAGCUGCACAAUUGAUUGGCAGAGACCUCUGUGCCCUCGUCGAGGAGGUCGCCAUCCGGCUCUACAGCACCGCACAAGCCUACGCCCACUCGCGCGGACUCAUCCUCGCCGACACGAAAUUCGAAUUCGGACUCCUUCCCUCCUCGUCGCCUUCAGAACCUGACCAACUCAUCCUGAUCGACGAAGCACUCACACCCGAUUCGUCUCGCUACUGGCCUUUGGACGCUUAUAAGCCGGGAGGCCCCCAGGCGAGCUUCGAUAAGCAGUACUUGAGGGAUUGGUUGAGGAGUGAGGGGUUCAAGAAGGGGUUGGAGGGUGGGAAGGAGGGGAAUGGAGAGGGGUGGACUAUGAGUGAGGAGGUGGUUAGGGGGACGAGGGAGAGGUAUGUUGAGGCGAGGGAUUUGUUGAUCGGAGAUGUGAAGAGUGCGUGA